AUAUUUUCCAGGCAUGUAGAAUUCCAGGUAAAGAAAACACGAAUUCAAAUAAGAAAAGAAUGAGUGCACCAGAGAAUCCAAGGCCUGAGGCGGACGACUUCAUCCGUUGCAUGUUCCACUUGGAGGUGGCAGCAACUAGAACGACUAUCAUACAACUGGCUGACUGCAGCAUGAGAGUGUCAAUAGGACAUUUGAAAGAAGACUUAGCAAGAUAUUUUGGUGAUCCAGCAGGACAAGUGUGGAGUGUGGAGGACAGAGUCUUCGAGGAUGACCGGACUUUCGGAAGUUAUUGUGUUGACCCAUCACAUGAUGAGCUGCGACCACUGAGAAUAGUUGUGCGCAUUAGUCAGCCAUCUGAAUAAGAACUCGGAUAGAUGAACUUUGUUGAUUGGCAGCUAUAACUCUGUGUGUAUUGUGAAAAAUUGAGAUGAGGAAUUUUUUUUUUUUCACCACUUACGUCAUGCUUACGGUAUUAUGAGGAGACGCAUAUUUGGGUUCACGCUGAAGAGGUUGAGUUGAUGCUAAAAUGAUGCAAUUUUUUUCUUCACUUUACUGAAAAAUAUGUCCAGAAUACCUUGAGCUGAGUCCCGAAACCACAUCAUGAGCAGAAAACAAGGGGUUGAACAAUGAAAUAGUCUGAACAAGCUAAGGAUUUUCAAUUUUCUGAAUAAUGGCUUGAAAUUAUUCCUUUGAGACAUUAAAUCCCUGUUAGCCCCACUGCAUCACCAACUUCUUGCUCAUCCUAAGGCAGGCGGUAGAACGGAGUUUGACUGUAUUCACAGAAAGUUCAGUAAGUUAUACUCGGAGCUGGUUGUAACGGAGUUUGUACAUGUACUUCAUUACAAUUUUUGGUACUUUUACUGUACAUUUUUGAGAACCAGUA